CUCUGACGCGGGUUCCUUGCUCUCUCUCUCUCUCUCUCUCUCUCUCUCUCUCUUUGAGAGCUUUCUCAAAGAUCUCGCCUUUUCUACUUCGAAUCCCUCGCUCUCUCUCCCCUUCGAGAGAGGCCAUUGGAGAAGCCAUGGACUUGGAUCUAUGGAUAUCCAAGGUGAAGGAUGGCCAGCAUCUCAUGGAGGACGAGCUCCAGCUCCUUUGUGAAUACGUGAAGGAGAUUCUUAUUGAGGAAUCUAAUGUCCAACCAGUUAAUAGCCCUGUCACUGUUUGUGGAGACAUCCAUGGGCAGUUCCAUGAUCUAAUGAAGCUCUUCCAAACUGGAGGUCAUGUUCCUGAGACAAACUACAUUUUUAUGGGUGAUUUUGUUGAUCGUGGCUACAAUAGUUUGGAGGUUUUCACGAUUCUUUUGCUUCUUAAAGCUAGGUAUCCUGCAAAUAUAACCCUUUUACGCGGGAAUCAUGAAAGCAGGCAAUUAACACAGGUCUAUGGAUUUUAUGAUGAGUGUCAGAGGAAAUAUGGAAAUGCCAAUGCUUGGCGGUACUGUACUGAUGUUUUUGACUACCUAACUUUAUCUGCAAUAAUCGAUGGAACUGUUCUUUGUGUUCAUGGUGGACUUUCUCCUGAUAUCCGAACAAUUGAUCAGAUUAGAGUCAUUGACCGGAAUUGUGAAAUUCCUCAUGAGGGUCCAUUUUGUGAUCUCAUGUGGAGUGACCCGGAAGAAAUUGAUACUUGGGCCGUCAGUCCACGUGGCGCUGGGUGGCUUUUUGGUUCGAGGGUGACAUCGGAGUUCAAUCACAUAAACAACCUAGAUCUUGUGUGUCGAGCACACCAGCUUGUGCAAGAGGGUUUGAAAUACAUGUUUCAAGACAAGGGCCUUGUGACAGUGUGGUCUGCGCCUAAUUAUUGUUACCGAUGUGGAAAUGUCGCAUCCAUUCUGAGCUUCAAUGAAAAAAUGGAAAGAGAGGUCAAGUUCUUCACUGAAACAGAAGAAAACAAUCAAAUGAGGGGUCCCAGGUCAGGUGUUCCAUAUUUUCUAUGAUAACAGCUCGGUCUCGUCUUCCACUUAAAACACUUGCAAAACAAGGUCUCUCUUCUCACAGAAUUUGUAGAUUCAUCUGUAUUAUUAUUAUUUUCAUACAUCCAAGUGAUUCAACUGCAUGGAGAUUUUAUGUUAGGAGUAUUGUGUUUUUAGGGUUUAUUUUUUUGUCAUCGAUUUAGUAUUCGUAGUUUGUGGAAGGAUACAGAGCCUUUGUAUUUUUAACUGCAGUUCUCAUAGAUGAAUUUUUGUGCUGAUUCUUGAACUUAAGAAAUCCUUUAGGACAA